AUGGCGGCAAAACAUCAUCCGGAUCUGAUAAUGUGUAGAAAACAGCCAGGGAUAGCUAUUGGAAGAUUGUGUGAAAAAUGCGAUGGAAAAUGCCCAAUUUGUGAUUCAUAUGUAAGACCAUAUACUUUGGUACGAAUUUGCGAUGAAUGCAACUAUGGAAGUUAUCAAGGAAGAUGUAUUAUUUGUGGAGAAAUUGGUAUAUCGGAUGCCUACUAUUGUAAGGAAUGUUGUCUUUGUGAAAAGGAUAGAGAUGGAUGCCCGAAAAUUGUUAAUUUAGGUAGCGCAAAGACAGAUCUAUUUUAUGAAAACAAAAAAUAUGAAUUUAAAAAACAGUAA